CGAUGCUGUCAAUGUCAUAGUUACGCGCCAAAACUGCUGUUUGCGGCGUUGUUGUGUUGUGCUUUGUAAUUUAGACUCACGAUAAUUAUACAAUUAAACAAUAAGUCCGUUAUUAUAAACAAUAAGCCAAUAAAAUGGAAGGAUUUGAUGAUCCCGGUGUAUUCUUCUCCGACAACUUUGGAGUCGAGGAUAAUGAAUCUCAAGAUCAAGUUAACCUACAAGCUGUAAAGAAGAAAUUCAAAGAAUUCAUUCGCCAGUUUCAUGUUGGAAAUUUCAACUACAAAUACAGAGAUGCUCUUAAACGUAAUUACAAUCUGGGCAAAUAUUGGGUUGAAAUAAAUAUAGAAGAUCUAUCAAGUUUUGAUGAAGUUCUUGCUGAGAAAUUGUACAAGAAGCCGAGCGAACAUCUUCCAAUUUUAGAAGAGGCUGCUAAAGAGUUGGCAGAUGAGCUGACAGCUCCGCGACCUGAGGGAGAGGAGGUUGUUGAAGACAUACAAGUGCUUCUUUCUUCUGAUGCACACACAUCUAAUCUUAGGGAGCUGAAAUCAGAAACCGUCUCCCGUCUGGUGAAGAUCCCCGGCAUCGUGAUAUCGGCAUCAGGCAUCAAAGCCAAGGCCACCAAGAUCUCCAUCCAGUGCCGGUCGUGCCGCAACGUCAUCCCCAACCUGCCCGUCAAGCCGGGCCUGGAGGGCUAUGUCAUGCCUAGGAAAUGUAACACGGAACAGGCUGGUCGACCAAAGUGCCCAUUGGACCCGUAUUUCAUCAUUCCAGACAAAUGCAAAUGCAUUGAUUAUCAGGUGUUGAAACUCCAAGAAGCCCCGGAGAGCAUCCCGCAGGGCGAGAUGCCGCGGCACCUGUCGGUGUACUGCGAGCGCGUGCUGUGCGAGCGCGUGGCGCCGGGCGCUAGAGUACAAGUUCUAGGCAUCUAUUCCAUCAAGAAGAUUGCCAAGCAGGGGAGGGAGGGGCGCGGCGAGAAGAGCGUCGGCGUCCGGUCGUCCUACUUGCGCGCCGUGGGGCUCGCGGCCGACGAGGGCGCCGCCGCCGGCCUGCAGCCCUUCACCGCCGACGAGGAGGACCAGUUCCGCCGCCUCGCCGCCUCGCCCGACAUCUACGACAGGAUCUCCAUGUCCAUAGCGCCCAGUGUGUUCGGGGCUGUUGAUAUGAAGAAGGCGAUCGCUUGUCUUCUGUUUGGAGGUGCUCGUAAACGGCUCCCGGACGGUCUGACCCGGCGCGGCGACAUCAACAUCCUCCUACUCGGCGACCCCGGUACUGCCAAGUCCCAGCUCCUCAAAUUCGUGGAGAAGGUGUCGCCCAUCGGCGUGUACACGUCCGGGAAGGGGUCCAGUGCGGCCGGGCUUACGGCGUCAGUCAUCAGGGACCCAGGCAGCCGCAACUUCGUGAUGGAAGGGGGCGCCAUGGUACUGGCCGACGGCGGCGUCGUCUGCAUCGACGAGUUCGACAAGAUGCGGGAGGACGACCGCGUCGCCAUACACGAGGCUAUGGAGCAGCAGACCAUCUCCAUCGCCAAGGCUGGCAUCACCACCACACUAAACUCCCGCUGCUCGGUGCUAGCGGCCGCUAACUCCGUAUUCGGUCGUUGGGACGACACGAAGGCCGACGACAACAUAGACUUCAUGCCCACAAUCCUGUCGCGUUUCGACAUGAUCUUCAUCGUGAAGGACGAACACGACCAGAACCGUGACAUCACGCUCGCGAAGCACAUAAUCUCCGUGCACAUGGGCGGCGACAGCGCCGAGCGUGAGACGGCAGCCGGCGAGCUGCCGCUGGCGCUGCUGCGGCGCUACGCCGCCUACUGCCGCGCGCGCUGCGGCCCGCGCCUCGCGCCCGCCGCCGCCGAGCGCCUGCAGGCGCGCUACGUGCUCAUGCGCACAGGGGCCCUGCAGCAUGAGCGACAGGCCGACAAGCGCCUCUCCAUACCGAUCACUGUGCGACAACUCGAAGCCAUCGUACGCAUCUCCGAAUCUCUCGCCAAAAUGCAGUUACAACCGUUCGCGACUGAAGCGCACGUGACCGAGGCCCUGCGGCUGUUCCAGGUCUCCACGCUGGACGCGGCCAUGACUGGCAGCUUAGCGGGUGCUGAAGGCUUCACGACAGAAGAAGACCACGAGAUGCUGUCCCGAGUCGAGAAGCAACUGAAGCGACGCUUCGCAGUCGGCUCCCAAGUGUCCGAGCAGACCAUCAUACAGGACUUCCUCCGACAGAAGUACCCGGAGCGCGCCAUUCAGAAGGUUAUCCACACCAUGAUCAGGCGAGGGGAGCUGCAGCAUCGCUUGCAGAGGAAAAUGCUGUACAGGCUGUCUUGAUUGUAUGUUUGUUGUUUGUAUUAUGGAGCAAGUGUCUUUUAAAAAUAUAUGAAGAUAGCGGAAUUUCGUCGGAGAGAUGAAUCAUCUCUGUAAUCACUAAAAUCAUCUACAAGGUGUGUCUGAUCAUGGGGCUUUAAUUCCAGGGCUUGAUUUUACUCGCUAAACUGAGCUACUUUUACUAUGGCACCAACCCCGAAAUCCCGGAAAAACAUUUUACUUUUUCAUACAUUUUGGCUGAUCAGAUGUCGACGUUUUCUAUGGAAAAGCCAAAAAAAAAUCCCCGAUUUUAGGGUUGGUCCCAUAGUAAAAGUAGCUCAGUUUAGCGAGUAAAAUCAAGCCCUGGAAUUAAAGCCCCACGGUCAGACACACCAUGUAUAACAAUGUGAGGUGUGCAAUAAAGAGUAUUGUAUUGUCUCAGCUCAUGUAAGGAACCCGCUGUGGCGGAUCAAAGAGAAUAUAAUCACUAUGUGGCAGACUACGAACGCGCUCGUGGGCGAGAAACAACCGGGCAAACGGUAUAAAGCCGGCGCCCGCGUGCUAAUGGGUUUGUGUUUAUGUUAUAUUCAUCUGGAUGAGUAUAGGGAAAAAGGGAUGAUUUGUUGAAGUUGCUUGUGUGAGCUCACGCGCCUAUCCUUCGCAGCCUUCUCCUUGGUAAAUAAACAAAUUUCUAAAAACGUGCGUAGUAUGACCGUUGUCCGCGAUUUUUAUCUGUAUUUUUAUGAAGCACUCACUUUACCGAAAUAUUUUUAAGUUUGUUAUAUGUAAUCGAAAUAAAACCACCUAAUUUUAUAAAUUUGCUUUUAUUCAAUAGCACCUAAUGCACAGGCAAACAAUGACAUGCUCACAGCAUAAAUAGAUUUUUACAUCAGUUACACUGAUCGGGAUCACAUGGUAU